AUGGCGUCGACAUCUAAUAAUUAUAAUCGUCCGUUAAGGCAUCCAAGUAAUCCUGUUGUUUUUUUUGACGUGGAUGUUGGUGGACAUCCUAUUGGUCGUAUAAAAAUGGAGCUUUUUAAGGAUGUCGCACCACAAAUUGCUGAGACAUUUCGACAAUAUUGUACAGGGGAAAAGAAGAAAGAUGGAGUACCAAUAGGUUACAAGAAAACAAUUUUCCAUAGAGUUAUUCGUGAUUUUAUGGUACAAGGAGGAGACUUUAAUGGUGUUGAUAUAGAAAAAUUGCCUUCCACGACCGGUACAAAAAUUGAAGUAGAAGAGUUACAGCAUGAUAGAGCAGGACUUUUAUCCAUGGCGAGCAGUGGUUUUAGUGCUAAUAAUUGUCAAUUUUUUAUUACGUGUGGUGAAUGCGAUUGGUUAAAUAAAAAACAUAUAGUUUUUGGUCAGGUAUUGGAUAAUGAUUCGAUGCUUGUAGUGCGCAAAAUUGAAAAUGGAAGUGUUGAUGGUGCAAGUAGCCGUCCAAGAAUACCCGUAACUAUUUAUGAAUGCGGUGAAUUUUGA